CGCGCUCACGCCAAAAGGAGCCACCUCUUCAGAUUCAGAAAAGAGUAUACAGGCACGGCUGGACGAGGAAGGAGCUUAAUAUUCUUUCACAUUUUCGAUACAUACAUCGCUGGGAUUACAGACAGAUUCAGAGACUCUGGUUUCCCUCACUAUCGAUAAGCGCUCUUGCUCAUGCCUAUUCGCGUCAGUCCACCGACGAACACAUAUACCGAUCAUUAACCACUGAGUCUUCAACCGGGAGUACUGCUGCACGACGUCGCAGCGCCUCUCAUGCUCGCCCAUGGUGCUCCAGUGUUGAGCCAGGCCCCUGUUAUCUUUACACUCACGUCCCUGUUCCUGAAUUGGAGAGCUCUGCUGAACAUUCCAUCGCAUCCACUCCAGACUCUGAAGACGACGCUGAGCUGUCCGAUCCCAAGGCACAACAUCGCUACAACCUUCGAUCAAACAGGCCCACGAGGUUCCCUCAAAAGGUACCCCAAUAUCGGGUUGACAAGCUCCGUUUCCCUCGCUUUGCCAAAUCAUACAAGCACCAUCUGGAAUCGGAUGGGUUGCCAGACCAAAACUACUGUCCCCAUUCUCAUAGCCCUUCUCCAGGACCGUCGGACCGUAGUCCCUCUGUCGUCUCAACUCAGCUCAGUGAAGCAUCAAGCUCGGAUCUCUUUGGUUUAGAGCCGCGGUCCCCCAGACCGUCAAGCCUGGAACCU